AUGGCAGACUCGGAUGUGGUGGACCUCGAUUUAACCAUCGACAGUUUAGUUCCCAAAAGCCCUGAAAGGUUGGCUGAAGAAAAAAAAGAAAGUGGUAAUCAUUUGUACAAAUUCAAAAACUACAAGGGUGCCCUAACUAUGUAUGAUGAAGCUAUACAGUUGUGCCCAGACAAUGCAGCAUACUAUGGAAACAGAUCUGCCUGCUACAUGAUGUUAGGCAUGUACAAGAAAGCCUUAGAAGAUGCUCAGAAAGCUGUGUCUUUGGAUUCCACCUUCACAAAAGGCUAUAUUCGAAUGGCAAAAUGCUGUAUUGCUUUAGGUGAUCUGGCAGGAGUUGAGCAAGCUGUGCGCCGUGCUACAGAAUUAGGCGGUGCAGAGUGUGCAGCUAGCGAGCGUCGCGCACUUGAAGCUCUCCGCAAACUACAUGAAGAAGGGCAGCGUGCUAUGGAGGCCGCUGACUACCGCCGCGUGGUCUUCUGCAUGGACCGUUGUCUUGACUAUAGCCCUUCCUGCACUAAAGCAAAACUUACAAAAGCUGAAUGUUUGGCUAUGCUUGGACGUUGUCAAGAAGCUCAGGAAAUAGCAAAUGAUUCUUUACGCUUUGAUAGUUUUGAUACAGAGGCUAUUUAUGUGCGUGGUCUGUGCCUAUACUUUGAGGAUAAAGAUGAACAAGCUUUCAAGCACUUCCAACAAGUUCUACGUCUUGCCCCUGAUCACAAAAAAGCUAUGGAAACUUAUAAAAAAGCUAAACUACUUAAACAAAAGAAAGAAGAAGGUAAUGAAGCAUUCAAAAUGGGCAGAUGGCAACAAGCCCUGAGCUUGUAUAACGAAGCAUUGACUAUUGACCCAAACAAUAAAAUUGUUAAUGCCAAGCUCUAUUACAACAAAGCGACUGUCUGCGCCAAAUUGAAUCAGAUCAAAGAAGCUGUCGAAGCUUGUACUGCUGCCCUGGAACUUGACGAAAACUAUGUAAAGGCUCUUCUAAGACGUGCUAAAUGUUACUCUGAACUAUGUGAAUUUGAGGAAGCUGUCAAAGAUUACGAAAAACUAUACAAAAUCGAUAAAAGCAAAGAAAACAAACAACUAUUACAUCAAGCUAAACUAGCAUUAAAAAAAUCUAAGCGCAAGGAUUAUUAUAAAAUUCUUGGCAUUGAUAAAAGUGCAUCUGAAGAUGAAAUUAAGAAAGCUUAUAGAAAGCGGGCUUUGGUGCACCAUCCGGACAGGCACGCGGGCGCACCAGAUAUCGAACGCCGCGAACAAGAACGACGUUUCAAAGAAGUGGGCGAGGCUUAUGGCGUUCUCAGUGACCCGAAGAAACGUGUCCGGUACGACCACGGACAAGAUCUUAAUGAUGACGGAUCUAGCAUGGCAGACAUCGACCCCAAUGAGAUAUUCCAGACAUUCUGCAGUCGUGGUGGUCAAAAUUUCAAUAUGUGCUCGGGUGUCUUCCCCGGAAGUCCUUUCAGCUUUCAGUUUGGAUAA